UGACAACCCUAAUUCCUUACAGCGCCCUAGACCUGCCAGAUUCGUUUCUUGAUCUUAGGCCACUAGCGUUCACCUCAUACUCGCUUUCGCCUGUCAGCGGCUCCGCGUGUUAGCGAGCCGCUGCAUUUAAAGGUUAGCGACAAGUAGUCAGUACUCAAGCAUACGCACAUUCGCAGGCUUUUGAACGUAGGCCAGUUUCGUCAGCGCUGUAGCCUCGUCACCAACGUUUAACUAUGGCACACGCGGGGAGUGCCACGUCAGCGUCUGACGGCGGCAACUGGGCGGCGCUGCUGCUGGCCGCGGGAACCGGCGCCGUGGUUGCGGCGGCCGCAUCGUACUACUUCCAUUCGCAAGCGCUCGCGAAGUUCGCGGAGCAGGAUGGCAAGCUGAAGCCCCAGAAGAUGCGCAAGGUGACGACCGCCCCUGCGCGCCGAGCUGCGCCGACCCCGGGCGUGCCGCUGCGGCAGCAGCGCAGCCAACGAAACCCCCAGGCGAAUCCCUCAAACCCCUACGCGUUCGACCCGCUCGCGGGCAGCUUCAGCCCGGGCAGCCUGCCCGGAAAACUCGCGUCGUCGCUGGACCGGCAGGACAUGCACGCGCUGAGCGCCGCGCGCCUCGCUGCGGCGAAUGCGUCUGCUGCGGUGGCUUCGGGAUUGCGAGAAGGCACUUUCGCUGCUGACAUACGCUCCAUGAGCGCGCAUUCCUCGGUGGUGGGGGCGGCGGGCGCGGAGGAGGAGGAGGAGAAGGAGGCGGAGGAGGACGACAUGGCGGAGGAGGGGGAGGAGGCGGCGGAGAAGAAGGAGGCGGAGGGGCGCGGGGAGGCGCGGGUGAAGCGGGCGGUUAGCGUGCAGGACAGCAUCCACCACCCCGUGUCGGACCCAGGGACGGCUGAUAGACUCCGGAAGGCGCCGGAGGUGGAGGAUUACGUGCGGCUGAACCUGUACCCGCAAGACAUGCCCAGUGCGGAGGACGAGGAGGUGUGCGUGCUGCUGCAGGAGUGUCUGCAGCUGCGGGACAAGUACGUCUUCAGAGAGGCAGUGCCGCCCUGGCACACCGACGCCAACACGCUGCCCAUGCCCGACCCCAGCGACCCGUUUCGAUACGAGCCCCUUCCGCCCUCGGAUCAUGUGAUCGAGAUGGUGGAUGGGGUGGUGAAGAUAUUCACAGACAAGGAAGCCAAGGAGCGGGGCGAGGAGCUGUUCCCCAUGCACGACGCGACAACCUUCUUCACCGAUCUGCACCGCAUUCUCAAGAUAACCUCGCUGGGCCAUGUGCGCUCGCUGUGCUUCCACCGCCUGCGCCUGCUGGAGCAGCGGUACCACCUGCACCUGACUCUGAACGCGGAUCGGGAGUUCAAGGCGCAGAAGAGCGCCCCCCAUCGCGACCUGUACAACGUGCGGAAGGUGGACACCCACGUGCACCACAGCGCGUGCAUGAACCAGAAGCACCUCCUGCGAUUCAUCAAGUCCAAGCUGCGCAAGGAGCCAGAUGAGGUGGUCAUAUUCCGUGAUGGCAAGUACCUCACACUAAAGGAGGUCUUUGAGAGCCUCGACCUCACAGGCUAUGACCUGAACGUGGACCUUUUAGACGUCCACGCAGACAAGAACACAUUCCACCGCUUCGACAAGUUCAACCUCAAGUACAACCCGUGUGGGCAGAGUCGACUGAGGGAGAUCUUCAUCAAGCAGGACAACUUGAUUCAAGGAAGGUUCUUGGCUGAGGUGACCAAGGAAGUGUUCACAGAUCUCGUUGCGUCCAAAUACCAGAUGGCAGAGUACCGCGUGUCCAUCUACGGGCGCAAGAUGAGCGAGUGGGACCAGCUGGCCAGCUGGGUGGUCAACAACGACCUCUACUGCCCCAACGUUGUGUGGCUCAUCCAGCUCCCCCGGCUGUACAACGUGUACAAGGAGAUGGGCAUCGUGUCGUCCUUCCAGACCAUGCUGGACAACAUCUUCCUGCCGCUCUUCGAAGUCACUGUGGACCCCUCGUCCCACCCGCACCUCCACAUCUUCCUCAACCACGUGGUUGGCUUUGACAUGGUGGACGACGAGAGCCGGCCCGAGAGGCGGCCCACAAAGCACAUGAUCACCCCGGCCGAGUGGACCAACCCCUUCAACCCCGCCUAUGCCUACUACACCUACUACGUCUAUGCCAACCUCUACAAGCUCAACAGGCUGCGUGAGUCCAAGGGCCUGUCUGUGCUCAAGUUCCGACCGCACUCUGGGGAGGCGGGCGAUGUGGACCAUCUAGCAGCGACCUUUCUCACCGCCCACAACAUUGCGCACGGCAACAACCUGCGGCGCACGCCGGCCCUGCAGCACCUGUACUACCUGGCGCAGAUCGGGCUCGCCAUGUCGCCCCUCAGCAACAACUCGCUCUUCCUCGACUACCACAAGAACCCCUUCCCGCAGUUCUUUGCGCGAGGGCUCAAUGUGUCCCUCUCCACUGAUGAUCCGCUCAUGAUCCACCUCACCAAGGAGCCUCUGGUGGAGGAAUACAGCAUCGCAGCACAGGUGUGGCGCCUCACCUCCUGCGACCUCUGUGAGAUCGCGCGCAACUCCGUCUAUCAGUCGGGUUUCUGGCACCCCACCAAGGCCCAUUGGAUCGGCCCACGCUACUUCCUCCGAGGCCCUGACAGCAACGACAUCCAUCGCACCAACGUGCCUCACAUCCGUGUGGAGUUCCGUUACCAGGCGUGGGAGGCAGAGAUGGAGUAUGUAUACCUGGGCAAUGCCAAGCUCCCUCAAGAGAUUGUCUCGUGAUGAGUCUGCGUGGCAUGAGGAGUCAAGAAUGCGCCAUACUAAGCCGUGCUCGUAUGCAGAAUGUGCUUCGGAAUCCAUACAGCAUCAAGCACAUGCCAUGCCAUGCCAUGGCAUGCAGCAUGAAGGUGUGCCAUGGCACACCAGGCCAGGCCAUGCUGUUGCGUGGCCAUGCAGUGUGCUGUGCACUGCAGACUCUCUGCAAAACUUUUGAGUGGACUCAAAAAGCCAUCAUGUUGCUUAGCAAUGUAGUGUCCAAAACUGUACUCGGUACUUCAUGGCAGCUUGCUGCUGCCUGCUGAAUAAUGGCAUUUGGUAAUGACAUUGCCUAUGGUACCGUA